AUGCUAGAGCUGUCCAAGAAGUAUGGAGAGUUCAUGUUUCUUAAGCUUGGAAGCCUGAACACCCUUGUUGUCUCUUCACCAGAUGCUGCCAAAAUUGUUCUCAAGACUCUCGAUCCUGAGUUUGCAAUGAAGCCCGAGCAUCUGGAAGCAAAGUAUGCUAGCUAUGGUGGACGAGGUAUCAUCUUUGCACAGUAUGGUGAGCAUUGGAGACAAGCCAGGAAGCUCUGCACAGUACAACUGUUGUCAACAAAAAGAGUUGAAUCUGCUGAACCAAAUCGAAAAAUGGAAAUGGGUCUUUUGCUUGCAGACCUGAGAAAAUGUGCUGAAGAUGGUGCUGUUGUGAACUUGACCAACAGACUCUCCGACUUCGCCUUCAACGUAAUGCUCAAGAAGGUCACAGGCAAGAGCCACUCCAGCAGCGCAAGCAGCAGAGAUGAAGAGGAGCAAGCGCGUAGCGUUAAGGAAGGUCUCAUGGAAUUCGUUCGAGAAGGCACUGGAAUGCAUAUUGCAACUUUCUUUCCGUGGCUCAAGUGGGUCGACAAGCAAGUGUACAAACUGGCUACUGUGCACAAGCGUGUUGACAAGAUCCUGCAGAGCGAAAUUGAUUGGCAUCGAGAAAAAUUGGGAAAAUCGCAAGCAAGCAUGCAGCAGCAGGACUUCAUUGAUGUCAUGCUAAUGGAAAGCGACGCGAACGACUGCCGGCAAGCUAGACAUGCAGGAGCACUUUGGGAUGACUGUUGCGAAAGCAGCACCUCUCCAGCUCCUACCAGUGCCACGCUUGCCUGCCCAUGCUCUAGCAAAGCCUGGGAUUUAAUCAAGGUUCAG